UGAUGUGGAUACGUCAGAUUUUGAGGAACUAACGAAGGUUAACAAGUUUAUAUAUCGAUUGUUUUGAGAGAAUGUCGUGCACCCAUAUGUUAUGUUUGCCGGUCGUAGUUUUAUUUUUAUUUAUCUUCCACCUUACUUGCUGUGAAGUAAAAAAGUUUCCACUGCUAAUGCCAAAUGUAUAUCCGAACAGGGAUGAACUAUACCUAUGUACACCCGUAAGGGUUGUUGAUGACAAAAGUUUUUAUAUAGUUGGAUUUGAACCGAAUGCUACGAUGAACGUAGCACACCACAUGCUUCUUUUCGGAUGUACCACUCCUGGUACUACAGAUGAAUACUGGGAUUGUGGUGAAAUGGCAGUUGCGGAAACAGACAGUAAUUUGAAGAAAGCCAGUCCAUGUGCUGAAGGAUCUCACGUCCUUUAUGCAUGGGCUAGAAAUGCUAAAACGCUAGAACUUCCUGAAGAUGUUGGAUUUCAAGUGGGUAUGGGUACAGCGAUACAAUAUAUAGUUCUCCAGAUCCACUACUCUAAGAAAUUUCCUGAUAAAGUAACGGAUAAUUCAGGAUUGUUUUUAAUGUACACAGAAGAACGGCAAAACAAAUUGGCUGGCGUUGUGCUUUUGGGGGUCGGAGGAUCAAUACCACCUCGUUCUGUUACAUACAUGGAAACUGAAUGCCUGAUAGACGAACCGAAAACAAUAUAUCCUUUUGCUUACAGAACUCAUACCCAUAGUCUAGGUCGUGUGGUGUCUGGUUAUAGUAUCAGCAGAGACAUCUAUGGAAAAGAUCAUUGGAAAUUGCUGGGAAAGCGGGAUCCGCUUACUGCCCAAAUGUUCUACCCGGUCUUUGACACUAAUCCUAUUAAAUAUGGCGACCGUCUGGCAGCAAGAUGUACUAUGGACAGCAGAGAAAGAAAUAGAGUAACUCAAGUUGGACCUACAAAUAACGACGAAAUGUGCAAUUUUUAUUUAAUGUAUUAUGUCGAAAAUGAUACGCCUCUAGAAAUGAAAUAUUGCACUACCGAAGGACCUCCAUACUACCACUGGAAUAAUGAAGGAAAUGAUUUAAACAGUAUUCCAGAUAGAGAAGCCUCAAGUCUAGACUAAGCUAUUGAACAAUUGACCAAAACAUGAUUUCUACUUACUAUUAUGAAUAUAUUCCAGAAGAGAAUCUAUAUAUAUAUACCUUAUAUUUUUGUAUAAUUAUUUUGGGCACGUUUGAAGAGAUUAUUUUUUAUCAUAUCUACUUAACUAUCAUCGUACUUACAUUAAUUUGAGUAUAAAUGGAGUGAGAAUUAACUAUGACUUGACAAUUAAUUCCAGCUGUAGAUCUUUUAGUAUUUAAUUACCUACAGGUUUGAAUUUAUAUAGGUGGACCAAAAGCUAGAAACAAAUAUUUCCGUGUGUACUCAAAUGUUAAAUAUCUUUCAUUUUGCCUUUCCUUAUCAGGGAAUCUUGAAUCAUAUCAAAGUAGGCUAAUUUGUUCCUAUAUUCCCCAGUCAAAUUCUAUGUAAUUGGUUGAUUUAUCAACUGGAAAGUAUGAUGCAACAGACAGUAUUAAAGAGCACAAUUAGGUUGAUUUUUUGAUAAAAAUUAUCAAACUGUUUACUUAUUUUAUUUGUGUAUGGCACUGCACAUGAAAAAUAUAACAAAUAGUCAAAUUAUAUAGUUUGUCAAUGUAUAUAAAAUUAUAUAUUUUUUAUUUUUAUUUAUGAGAAAUGACUGACAUAGAUAUGACAUUUUUGGAAGAUGAGAAAAAGUGCAGCCAUUUUCAAUUUUGAAUUAUUAUAUAUAUAUAUAUAAUACUGUUUUUAUCAAUUUACUAUAUCACAUAAUGAUCACGCUGAAAUGGCAAAAAUAAGUAAUCUCUGUUUACUGGGAGGAAAACGAAUCUCUAAUUUAUCAUUUUUAUUAAUUUGAAAGCUUUGUCUCACCUUCCAAGAUAGUCUAGUAACAUGUAUUUACACAUAUUGUUUCAUUCAGUGAGAGAGUCCGUUAUAUGAAUUGUAUAUGAAUUAAAUAAAUAGGUGAAUAAUA